AUGGCAUGGCGUGAGAUGGCGCGGGUCGCGCUCGCGCUUGCCGCGCUCUUUGCGGCCGCCUCCUCGCGCGCACCUACCAAAGACCCAUUGAUAUUUGAAGCAGCUUUCCAAGGCAGGUGCGGUGAGGGCAGUCCGUGCGAGCAGCUGUGCAGAGAGCUCCACGAUGGUACAUACGAGUGCGGUUGCGGGCCGGGCUAUGUUCUGCAUGUCGACGGAUACGGCUGCUUAGAACUGAACGCAACAAAAACAACGGAAAAUACAGAUAAACAAGAGGACAUCCUCUAUCAGAAAGACGUAUCAUUCUCAGCAGAACUAGAAAUAGCCCCGUCCAAUAGACUUAGUAAAUCUAAUGUAAGCGAAAAACAUAUCGACGAUGUACAGAGAUUAGUGACACUGCCAACUCCGGUAGAAAAUAACGAGCCUAAUUAUACGUUUACCGGUGAGAGAUCCAAAGAAGUCGACGGUCUGAAGAGUCUCAUCGAAGAUGGAGUUAGUAAAAUUGACAUUAACGUCAUAGCUGAUGAGAAAGAUAAUGACGCACUGUUCGAAGUUACUAAGAUUAAAGUUACGACGCUCGGACCUAGCCUAGAACAGAAAGUACCAGGUGGCACGUCAUCACCAGAAAGAACAACAGCAGUGGAGAGCUGCGACUGUAUCACCUGCAACGGUGCCAGGUGUUCGUGCCCGCUCAGCGCUAAAUGCAGACCUAACACAAAAGUGACGACACCUCGUUUCUCCGGCACAUCCUGGCUGGCGUUACGCGCUUUACGAGGAGCGUACAAGCGUGUAAGAUUACGACUUCGUGUACGACCGGAGCGUACGCGCGGUGUACUACUGUUGACGGGGGAACACGAUGACCUCUCUGGGGACUAUCUCGCACUUAUAUUGAGAAAUGGACACGUUGAAUUGAGAUUCGACUGCGGCAGCGGUGCCGGUGUGCUAAGGUCUCCUGAGCCUGUACAUCUAGGAAGAUGGAACACCAUAUCAGUUUACAGGCACCGUUGGGACGCGUGGUUGAAACUCAAUAAUGGAAAACGAGUUCGUGGCAGAUCUAAGGGUCUAUUUUCUCGCAUGACCUUCCGCGAGCCAGUCUGGGUCGGAGGCGCGGGGAACACGACAGGUCUCCAGAAUAAGAUCGGUCUCUCUGAGGGAUUACUCGGAUGUGUCGACUUCCUCCGCAUCAAUGGAGACACUUAUCGCCUUGUUAAAGAUGCUGUUUCGACGCUGGAUGUUUCUGAAUGUGCCCCAACACUGGCUCCGUGGCGACCAAACAAUGACGUCACAAGUGAAGCGAUACCCCCCAGACCCAGCGACCUCGUACACGGCAUCUAUGAUAUUAACGACAUAGUACACUUCGAAGACAACGACAUAGUCAUGAGAGACUCAAAAGACCACAACAAACUAGACAACUCAAUAGAAUACAAAUACAAUGAUGUAAAAUCACAACUAAACGACAAUAAAUACUUCAUACAGAAAGUACAAUUCAAUGAUGAUGAGAAAAGUAGUGGUGUUAACGAAAUCGAUAAUGAUUUGAAAGGUGAUGAGGUGAAGAAGGGCGAUGAAGUGAAGGGAAAAGAUGAUUGCGAAUGUCAACACGGCGGGGGUUGUGUCACUCACGUAUGUUUGUGUCCUCUGGGAUACGCUGGGGAAAGGUGCGAAAUAACUUUGGAUUUAAAGGUUCCCAAGUUCAACGGAUCUUCAUAUCUGCGUCUGCCCGGCCUUGGUAACGCGGCGCAGUCGUGGCUCGAAAUAGAGAUUACACUCAAACCUACAAACGGUGAUGGUCUGCUGCUUUACGAUGCGGAACAUCCAAGCGGGGAUGGUGAUUUCUUCUCGCUUCAUCUUCGAGACUAUUUCGUGGAAUUCGCGUUUGAUCUUGGUUCUGGAAUCGCUCUUGUGAGAUCAGCCUACCCUCUAGAACAGAACAAGUGGCACAGUAUAUCUGUUAGUCGUUCUGGUCGCCGAGCGUUUCUACGCGUUCGUUCUCAAGACGCGAACGAAGACGCGACACGAUCUGUGACGUCACGAGGCUCUGCACGACAUCUGACGUUGAGACAGCCAAUGAUGUUAGGUGGGGCACCUCAUCCCUUACCACAGCGGCUUGCCUUACGAACGUCGUUUAGUGGAUGUGUUGGCAGGCUAGUGAUAAAUGAUGAAGAACUUUCCGUGGUAUCGUCAGCGCUUGGAGGUGUCAAUGUUGACAAUUGUGAUGAGCCACAUAAUGAUACCUGCACUGACACAUUGUGUAAAGAAAUUUUGGAUCACAUGCCAAUUCAAAACGUUUCUGAAAAUGAAAUUCAUCAUUCAAUCGUCGCGAAAAAGGGCUUCAAAAUGAAAUACCACAAAGUGAAAUCAAAAAAGCAUUCCCCUCAUUAUCAUAUAGAUAAAUACAAAAAGAAGAAAUACGUACCAAGCAAGAAAUACCAGUAUAUGCAGAAUGAUGUUGAAAAGAAAAAUGAUAUUAUGACCGAGGGUCCAGUUUAUGAUGGUCAGACGUACAUGCAAGUGAAAUACUUGGAUACAAAUGAAAUUAACUGGGGCGAUACUAACACGUACCCUAGUUUCAGUGGGAAGGACAGUUUCAUUCAUAUUGAUGAUGAAGAGACGAUGAAAAGACUGCUAAGCUACACGCUGGACAUCAACAUCCGCUUCCGCUGCGUGUCGGCGCGCGGUCUGCUCGUGUGGAGCGGCCGCGCCGCGCCGCGCGGGGACUUCCUGGCGCUCGCCGUGGAGGACGGCGUGCUGGUGUUCAGGUAUGACUUAGGUAGCGGCGAAGUGGUUAUAAUAGCCAAUCACACAAAAGUUGACGAUGGAUUAUGGCAUCGAGCAAGAGCUACGAGAAACAGACAAGCGGGUGUUCUCGAAGUGGACGGUUUAGGUUCCGUCGGUAAAAUUUCACCUGGAAAACUGAAACAAUUAAACACAGAAAACGGUCUUUAUAUAGGCGGUUUGCCAGCUAUAGAAAUGAAUACGAUGGGCAAAUACAAGAACGGUUUGAUUGGAUGCGUCUCGCAAAUAUCACUUAGCGGAGAUUUCGAUAUUCCUUUAUCACUAUCUAAAUUGCCUCACACUAUCACAAACAACGUGGGACGAUGCUCGCCAUAGAAAGAUUUAAAUGAACCCGAUUCAUUUAAAUUAAACAUCAAAUACAUGAAUUAUCAACACAUUCA